UGACAUCAUCUCAACUGUGGAAUUUAACGGCUCUGGAGACCUUCUUGCCACAGGAGACAAGGGCGGCAGAGUUGUUGUUUUUCAGCGGGAGCAAGAGGUCAGUAAUUCGCAGUCCACACACCAAACGGAAUCGCCCAGCCCUGCCUGUGUCCUUGCAGGAAAGGAAGCAUUAUUUCCAGUGCUGCAUUCCCUUACAUUGAGUCUCGUCACACUACCCACGUAGAGGCUUCUUGCAGAGAUGAAUGAGCAGAUCUCCACACUGCAAGCUGUCCUGAGAACCCAGUGCCUUCAUCUGGAUGGGGUUGGUGAUGACCUGCUCACUGGUUAACAGUGAGCAGAUGAAAGGUGGAAUAUGUGUGCUUUCAUCUGGAGGUAGCUAAAGGGGUUAUCUGUGUAACACCCUGGCAUCUGCAGGGUACUGAGCAGCUGGGCUGCACCUGCUGGUUGGGGUGGGGGACGGGGGAGACAGGCUUAACAGAUUCCUAGAGAUGAGCAGCUCUCACUCCUCCACCCCCAAAGCUUUCCUGUCAGAAGGACAGGGAAUUGGAGGAGCCACAGGUGAACUGUUUCCUAAACACUGGGUUUUUAGGACAUUUCUCUUUGGGGGAACAAGGGCACUUGUCACAAAUAAGAGAAUGGCAAAUAGGACCAGGCUGUGAGCCGCCUCAGAGUUCUUAGUGGUGAUAAAGGAAGAUAGGUCACUAUCUGUUAUGCAAGGGUGCCAGUGGGAACCAGCCUGGGCCUCUGUAAAUUACUGGUCUUGCUUUUUCCUUAACCGAUUAUAAGAUAGGUCCUGCUCUUCCUCCAUCUCUAAAUACUGGUCUCUGAACUUUUGUGGUAAGGUUUUUGUUCAGAGGCUGGUGGACUGUGUUCCACAUAGGUCAUCUUUGCAGAAGACAGAAGUAUUCUGCACAGGCCCCACUGCUGUAGAAGAGAGCUUUUGAGGAUCUGUAGCAGGACCUGGUCCUCCUCCCUGUGUGCUGUAAGCUUGCUUGGUUAAUUGGGAAAGGUGGACAGGGUGCUAAUAAGUCUCGUUAUCAAAGGACGCCUGUUGCAGCUUUAACUUUGAUUAUGUUCGUGUUAGAUUUUUUUUAAGUCUUGUUUUCCCCGAUUUGGGAUAGUGAGAAAUUCUUUUGUGAAUAAAAUAAGUGUUUUUUUCAUUAAUCUUUCUAAAUCUUCCCAAUUUUGGAUAAGUUUUUUCUUAUCCAAAGGGAGACGAUCACACAGCACUACUUAAAGCAUACGCCUUAGCACACAACCAUUAGCAAGCUCUUGGAUCCAAGACUUGACCUUUACUCCCUAUAGAAGUUUGCCACUAUGGUGACAUGCCUAUGGAAAGUGGCCAUCCCCUGGCCCCUCACAGGUUGUAGGCUAGCAGGUGAAGUUGCCCUGUUUUUGUGGACCAUUGCUUGAGCCAGAAAGAAUUGGCUUCAAAUAUAAAAGGAAUUAAGAUAAAAGUCAAACAUCUUGUUCUAAAAUAUAAUGCAUAUUGCAGAGUGUUGAGCACCUCAGUAGGGUGAGCUAAGUCAUGGUGUGAAGAGACAGUCCCAGAACUGAUGUCUCAGCUGUCAGCUGUGGGACAUCUUGGCAGUCAGUUGUUUGGAGUCAAGAGUGACUUUAUUGUGUGUGUGGAGAGGCGCAGGGAGAGUAUUUAAAGAGCAUUAACCCCAUAACAUAGCACACAGGAAAACCACAUGGCACAAGGAUUCCCAUCUUUUGCUGGUGAGCACUGGACUUGAGGGCUGUGCAGAAUGUAGAAAUGGGUGUAGUGAAGAGUCUCAGCUAGUCUUUUGGGAUGUCUUCUUAGAGUAUUUGCUCCCAAUUCAGAAACAUAAAGAAGCUCCUGUCCAGGCAUGAAGAUUCGUUCAGUUCAAUUCCGUUGGCAGACAUGCUAAGGUAAUACCAUAUACAUUUAAGGUUUUUAUUUCUAUUUAUUUUUUUGGCAGUACAGUAGAGUUUCAGCUCAUGGCUUCAUGCUUGCUAGGCAGAUACUCCACCACUUGAGCCACUGUCUGCCCCAUGUAACCUUUUAGACAUUGAUUAUAGAGCAAGAAUCAAAGAGUAAAAGAAAGGAAACCGUUGGGAUGCAGAGGACCCCUCCGUACACCACUUCUUUCUUUCACCUUUCUGUCCUCUCACUUGAUUGCCCCUGACCCUCCCAGCAUUGCCAUUACUUUGAAGAUAGUUACAUUUUCCCAAGUGUGUUUUUCUUCUUUUCUGUAACUUACAGAAUUGAGUUUUUGUGUGUGUUAAAAAUGUACAUGAGCAGCACUUACCAUGGGUAUUUUUUUGCAGUUUCUUCUGGUACUUAAAGGACUCAUAGGAUCUGUCUGCAUGGGUCCCUGUAUUUAGCUGCUGCAUGGUUUGCAUGCAUGGCUCUGCCCUGCCACAGAGGCUGGCACUGCAUCCAUCUUCCUGUGAGCUGGCUCAGCUGGCUGUCCUUCAGCGAGCCCAGGUCAACAGCCUGGUGCCUCUGCAGGCCCCACACCUCCUUCAGAGAGCCAAGCCUCUGUCACUGCUUAUGGCAGAAGCAGUCAGCAAGACACAUCCACAGCAAGCCCAACCAUGUUCUGGCAAAGCCAAUUCUAUGUAGCAGCCACCUUGGGCAGACCCUGCCAAAUAGACUCCUGGUAGACUCCCGGAGCUGGGGUACAGGAGUGAAAAAUGCUGUAUUUGUUCCAAAAUAAAAGCCGCCCUCAUUCUAAGGGAGAAUAUAAUGUUUACAGUACCUUUCAAAGUCAUGAACCAGAAUUUGACUAUUUGAAAAGUCUGGAAAUUGAGGAAAAAAUUAAUAAAAUUAGGUGGUUACCACAACAGAAUGCUGCUCAUUUUCUACUUUCUACAAAUGAUAAGACUAUUAAAUUAUGGAAAAUAAGUGAACGGGAUAAAAGAGCAGAAGGUUAUAACUUGAAAGAUGAAGACGGACGACUUCGAGACCCGUUUAGAAUUACAGCACUACGGGUUCCAGUAUUGAAGCCCAUGGACCUUAUGGUAGAAGCAAGUCCACGACGAAUUUUUGCAAAUGCUCACACGUAUCAUAUCAAUUCCAUUUCAGUAAAUAGUGAUCAUGAAACAUAUCUUUCUGCAGAUGACCUGAGAAUUAACCUAUGGCAUUUAGAGAUCACGGAUAGAAGUUUUAAUAUCGUGGAUAUCAAGCCUGCCAACAUGGAGGAGCUGACGGAAGUCAUCACGGCCGCUGAGUUCCACCCACACCAGUGCAAUGUGCUUGUCUACAGCAGCAGCAAAGGGACCAUCCGACUGUGUGACAUGCGCUCCUCAGCCCUGUGCGACAGGCACUCUAAGUUUUUUGAAGAGCCUGAAGACCCCAGCAGUAGGUCCUUCUUCUCAGAAAUAAUUUCAUCCAUAUCCGAUGUCAAAUUCAGCCAUAGUGGCCGGUACAUGAUGACCAGAGACUACCUGUCGGUGAAGGUGUGGGACCUUAAUAUGGAGAGCAGGCCUGUCGAGACCCACCAGGUGCACGAGUACCUGCGAAGCAAGCUGUGUUCUCUGUAUGAGAAUGACUGCAUCUUUGACAAGUUCGAGUGCUGCUGGAAUGGUCCAGACAGUGCCAUUAUGACGGGGUCCUACAACAACUUCUUCAGGAUGUUUGAUAGGAACUCCCGGAGGGACGUCACACUGGAAGCGUCAAGAGAGAACAGCAAGCCCCGAGCCAGCCUAAAGCCCCGGAAGGUGUGUGCAGGUGGCAAGAGGAAGAAAGACGAAAUCAGUGUGGACAGUCUGGACUUCAACAAGAAGAUCCUGCACACAGCCUGGCACCCCACGGACAACAUUAUUGCCGUAGCUGCCACAAAUAACUUGUACAUAUUCCAGGACAAAGUCAACUAAAGCCAACUGAGGGAACACGCCCUGUCAUACGUAGUCGUUUCCGAAGAAAGGCAGUAUCGUCCUCUCCUCUAAGAACAGUGACGCACUUCCCUUCGCUUGGCAGACGUGGGAGAGGCGGCCUCGGCUGCGGUCCUGCGGGGAGAGGUGGGUGCUGCUCUAGGGAAAAGCCCACUUGAAGAAUUGCUGGGCAUUGUUCAGUAGAGACCAUUGCUCAAAAUAAAUGUAUUUAUUUAAGUCUGAGCCUUCCUUUCCAUUUAUAGUCCAAAAACUAACAUCUGAGAGAAAGGGUCUUGUCAAAUCUCUCUCUCCAGCUCUUCCCCUUCUCUGCCACCCCUGGGCCUUCACCUGGACAUGGUGUCCUCUCUGGCCUUGGAGCCGAGGUGGGCGUACCUAAGCACUGAUGCUUGGAUACGCCCCAGCAGCCUCAGGCAGCUUUACCUCCCUGUAGCCACUUCACACCUUCAGUGUGACCACUCAAUAAAAACAGUACACUACAAAGUGUUUUAAACUCAAUCAGAAGUGCUGUCUUUAUUUGCUGCAAUAUAAUGAGAUUAUGCAGAAUUAUUCUUUGGAACAGUGGAAAUGGCUGUCCUCUCAGCAGCAUGGUGGAAUAUGUGGAGGGUUCAAAUUCUAGCUUCCAAACUGCCCUUUGCCCUCUGUGGAAACAGUCCGUCUGCUACACCAGGUAAGGUCUGGGAAAAGCCUUAACGGAGUCCACCUCUGAAAAGAAAAUUACAAGGAAGAGCAACAGAGUUGCUCCCAUGAAAUUAACACUUGGUGUAAAGCAGGCCUUCAGUGCAGCACCCCUGAAAACA